AUGGUAUUUGUUCUUUUUACUGGAGUUGACUACCACAAGCGUUGUGUUACUUUUGCUGCUGAUUUACUAGCUCGUGAGACAGCAGAUGCAUAUGUGUGGUUGUUUGAAGUGUUUUGUAAAGCAUUUGUCAAGCCACCCAUGAUGAUUGUAAUGGAUCAUGAUUCAUCAAUGAAGAAAGCUGUUAAUUUUGUUUUUCCUGAAUCGAAGCAUAGACUAUGCAUGUGGCACAUCACUCAAAAACUUGAGGAAAAAUUCAUGAUGUCGUUUGAUAGUGCAAUGGAGAAGCAAAGACAUCAUCAAUCUUUAUUAGAUUAUCAGUCCACAACUACUACCCCCAAGCUAAGGACUCCUUUGGCUCUUGAAAAUCAUGCAUCGGAAAUUUAUACACAUAAUAUUUUCUUGAACAUUCGGAAAGAGUUAUACAAAUUCGUGUUUUACUGUGUUCAAGAAUCUAUAGUUAUUGAAGAUGAAAGUGAAGUUUAUGUUUUAAGAGAUAAGAAGAAAAAAAAGUUGAUUGAUAAAAAUGUGAAUGGGGAUGAAGAUUCUGAUGAUUUUUAUCGAAAUAGUCUUCCUUCUCAUUGUCCUAAUACUCGUUACAAUAUUGUAUUUAGUAAAAGGGGUGAUAGCAUUAGCAUCAGUUAUAGCUGCAUGCUUUUUGUCCAGGAAGGAUUGUUCUGUCGUCAUAUGUUUUUCAUAUUAAAUAUGAAAGAGUAUGAUGAAAUUCCAUCAAAUUUCAUUUUGAGGAGACGGGGAAAAGAUAUCAUAGCUGAUGGAUUGUUGAGAAAAAAGUACUCAUAUCCUCAUAAAGGUAGUAAAAAUGAAUGUUUGAUUCAAGAUGCAUAUGCUAUUCUUCGUUUGUCCAUUAACAAGAUAGCAAAUAAUGAGGAUGAGUUGGCUAAAUAUAUAAAUCAACUUCAGGAGGUUGAUAGUGGUAUUACUUUAUGUACCUCAUCAAGGGCAUCUUCGAGUAGAUCAAUUCACAAUGAAAAAAUUAUUGGAGCUGUAGUAUCUGAUGUUAUCAACAUUCAUAAUCCACAGGGGAUCAAAAACAAGGGAUGGGCCGAUGGUAAAAGAAUCAAGAGCACUAGAGAGAAAGUGAUUGAGUUAUCUAAAAAGGGUUCUAGGUUGUGCAAUUUAUGUCAUAAACCAAAUCACAAUGCUAGGAGUUGCAUUUUGAGGUUAAAGAAUUCUGUUUUAGAAUCUGAGCUUAUAGAAGGCUGA